UUUGCACAAGAACAUUUACCGUACUUUAAUUAUUUUCAGUCAUCUUUUGCAAAGACUACUUUAACAUUUAUUAUUCUUGCAGUGUCAGCCAUUUGGUGCUACCAGUGCGUUGGCUCACACCCAGGGUGCGGGAUGGAGGAUUUUGACUGGAGAUUUUACUGGAGUUCUAGCUGUCAAGAUGCAAAUGAUGUCUGCGUCAAAGUUGUUGAACAGAUUGGCAGUGAAGUGAUGGUGACUCGUGAUUGCCUAAGUUCUCUGGAGGGUCACAGGAGGGACAUCCCAAAUGAUCGGUAUGAAGGCUGCAGACCAGCUGCUCAAGAUGUUCAGCUUGGAAAUUACAUCUUCCCAUCUGUGCCUGAAAUUGACCACACCAGAACGCAUUACUCGAACGUGACGUUCUGCUUCUGCACUUUUGACGAACGUUGCAAUACGUCAUCCUCGCUCAUGUCUUCCAUGGCUACAGUUGCUGCUGGCGUUAUUCUCGUUGGUGUCAUGCGGAUGAUUCGGGCCUGAUAUUCUGAUCAGUUGCAGGCAUUUAGCUGCACAAAUAUGUCAUCAGACAAACUGAUCAGACGGAAAUCUUUUGUUGAACCUUAUCAGCAGACAAUUUUUUCUAAUAGGUUUCAAUUCUCAUUUCAGAUGGCAGUAGAUUUACAUUCAUUUUGCUUUGAUUUUAACAAAAUUUUUGCUGGAGUGUUCUGUAUCUAUAUUUUUCGUAAAUGGAAACUCCGGGAAACUAGAUAAAGCAAUCUGAAAUCAUUUCAAAUGUUAGGUAUUUUUUUCAUCACAAACUUAAAUUGAAGUAGCAUGCCACGGGAAAUUAUUUUGACUUACCUCCAAAGAUAUUUCCUGUUCUGACGCAAAAUCGUUAAGAGAAGUAUUAUUAACUGAUCGAACAGAAAUUUACCGCUAUAACUGCUCGGGAAACUUGUCUGAUGUCGGGGAAUUUCUAUCUUAAAGUCGCGUUCGAAACGAGUGGCGAUUUUCAGCUGACGUUGCUACUGCCUUUUGACGUUCAGUUUCAAGUAUUAACUUACUCUGAACUCAAUGAUUAUAUUAUUUAUAUUUAAACCAUAAUGUUUGUUACGGUGCAAUAGUGACGAUUCUAAGAAAAUAGAACUAGAAAAGGUAGGAAAAAUAAAUAUCUCUAUCAUUGCAUUGAUCUUUUAUUAAAAUUGCUCUGAUAAUGUUAUGAGCUGGUGCUGUUUUACUGUAGUAUUCUGAUUUUCUGUAUUACUGGCACAUAUUUCAAGUAGCACCAUUGAAUUAGGCCAACUGGUAGUUCGAUGUAAGAAACUUAAGAUAUAUCUCGCGACCACAUUCCGUCCAGUGUAUGCUUACCGUCCUAAAGUACAAUGAAGUCUCAAUUAGAACUAUCGUCAAUAUUCCGUCCAUAGUAUAAGAAGAAAUUAGAUGGUAAUAUGAAUAUCUUAAAUGUAUAUGAUACUUCGUCCAUAACUCGUUGUAGUAAUUUUACAUUUAAAUGAACCUAUUUUAUUCGUGAGAGUUAUUGAAAUUUGCAUGCUCCUAACAUGGGUGGGCUCUCCAGUUUUGUGUGAAUCUUUGCCGAAGAAUCUCGAGGCUCGAUCUUUUGUACAAAUUAUUUCAUCUUUCUUUGUGUCUCAUUUCAUUACAUAAUUACAUCAGACACUUGUUUUGUACGUAAUUAACAAUUACUGUUGCAGCCAAUUUAUUCAUUUAUAUUUUUUAAUGCAAAAUUAUGUUUUUCAUCAUUUACGAAAUUGAAUGUUACGAUAUUGAGAUUUCAUACUUAAUUGACCAUCAAUUAUAGGUUCACUUUUCACGUGUCUGAUCGGGUUUCGUAGUUCUACCCUAGAAUUUUAGAUAAUACUAAAAUUCUAAUUAUUUAUUCAGUUUGUUUUUCUUAAUAGCUAGGGAAUCGCUCGUUCUUAGCGGGAAUAUCGCACCGAUCACAUACGUUUGGGUUUAUCAAAAUCUCGGAAACUUGAGCAAACAUUAUUUUCCUUGUGUUUUGUUAAACUUUCAAUGUUCUCCGAUGGCAAUAAAAUUCUUUGAUUUUCUAGUAUAUGCUCUAUAUCUGAUCAUCUAUAUUGAUUUUCUAUAUUUAUAAUGGCUGCGAUAUGUCUAUUAAGAUGUCUUUCUUGUGGGUAACCUGUUCUUAUUGUAAUGAUAUCUUUACCAUAAAAAUAAAUAUUUAAGAGGCUGA